AUGUAUUGCUCGAUUGUAAGCCAACAAACGAGAGCGACGGUCAACGACAUGACAAUCGCCAAACGUAUGGCUCUAUUGGUGUUCACAGACUUUGUCUGUUGGGCGCCGAUAGCCUUCUUCGGUCUGACGGCCAUCGCUGGCCACCCAUUGAUAGACGUGCCAAAGUCCAAGUUCCUCCUGGUCACUUUCUAUCCGCUUAACUCCUGCGCCAAUCCAUUCCUCUACGCCAUACUCACCAAACAAUAUCGGCGCGACUUUUUCAUACUCGUGUCCAGAUAUGGCUUCUGCACCAAACGGGCCAUGAAGUACAAGAACGCCUCAUCUCACGGCCAGAUCCGCGUCCACACUGUCCGCAGCAAUAAUGCCGGUAACGGUCGGUCCAAUAAUAGCCACUCUAACGACUCCACCCAUGAGAUCGUUAGGAUUACAUCGAAAAAUGGUUUAACGAAUAAUAUCAGCGAUUCGUCUAAUAAUAAGAAGAAGAAUAAGAAAGAUAAAAGAAGAAAGCAUUCCCUGGAAUUCAUGUCAUCGGAUGAGGACGAGAGCACGAGUAGCGCAAUGCACAGGUCGUCUCCGCACCCGAUCCGCCGGUCGGACACCAAACUGAACCGUUUGCCGAGUGUAGAGCAGAGGGAAAUCCUGGCCCGAGUGCUCCAGAAGGACGGCAGCGGCAAACAGUCGUCCACGUCGUCCACCACCCGGUGUUGUCUGACGUGUGCGGCACUCAAACACACGUCCAGCACCUGUAAGCUUAAGAUGUGCUCGGCUUGCAUACAGCGCGACAGCAGUUCUGGCGAGAAAAGUGUUAUUGAUUACGAUUCCCAGCUCUUGCGGUGGACAACCAAAACGACGGGCACCGGCACUGUCUGCACGUCAUCGUCGGGCGGCAAAUCGUGUUCCCUCUGCUGUUCGGCCAAAGCGGCUGCCAUUGCCGGCAGUGGCGGCACCGGCUGUACCCCACUCUGCGCUACCGACGCCCCACUUGUCUACAGUUGCGAGAAUCAAAGCUAUGUUGUGAGCAGUCAUUCCAAUAGCGCUAACGAAGACACAGAGAUCUAA